UUCUAAUAUUUCUCCGACGCUCCAAUAAGGAAGAGCAAAGUAAAGGAUUCAUUUUUCUUCUUAAGUCUAAAGAGUACCACCGGAAAAAUGUCGACCGGACUUGGAAAAAGCAGCAAAAUCCGUCACAUUGUCAGGCUUCGACAAAUGCUGCGGCGGUGGAGGAACAAGGCUCGCAUGUCGGCCAGCCGGAUCCCGCCCGAUGUCCCGGCGGGAUACGUGGCUGUCUGCGUGGGGACGAGUUGCAGGAGAUUCGUCGUGCGCACGACAUACCUGAACCAUCCCAUCUUUAAGAAACUCCUCAUCCAAGCCGAGGAAGAGUACGGGUUCGCUAACCAAGGCCCAUUGGCGAUCCCCUGUGACGAGAACGAUUUCGAAGAAGUAAUCCGGGUUAUUUCCCGGUCGGAGUCGGGUCAUUCCGCCAAGUUCGUCAACAUUGAGGACUUUAAAUGCAGCUGCCACGUGGGGAUGGGGAGUAAGCUUGAUCUGUGGACCGAAUCUCGACCGUUACUUCAUGGGUUCGCUGAGAAAACAAUUUGGUAAAUAAAGAAACAGUAGAAAAAGAGAAGAAUAAGAAGAAACUUUGAUUCUUACCCGGGGCUUUUUACUCAGUUCCGAGUUGGCUCAAGUGAGUAAAAUCAUACACUUCUGAAACCAUCGAGUUGACUAAGUUGCGGAAGUUUUUUCUAAUUCACGUGUUAUUACUUACCGUUGUAAAAAGGUAAGUCGGUUGAUUUUUACUUUUUUAUUAUUUUUUCCUUUUUCAAAAAUUGUAAACGGCUUUGAGUCCACGAGUGUUGAGCUCCGGUCAUCGGGAGAAUGCAUGGAGAUGGCGGAGAAGGUGGGUGAGUUAUCCACCGAGUCGUCCCGGGUUCGAAUCAGAGUGACGCAAAAGGAAGAGGUGCAGAACUUUUAGACACUUGAAGUGGUUGUUAUUAAUUAAAAAAACACUGUUGUAAAUUCUGUGAUUUACGGAUUGAGGAAGGAAGAAUUGUAGAGAUAUGAAAUAUAUACAUUGGAUGAAUCAUAUUUAA